AGUAUUUAACAAUUAUUGUAUUGUAAUAUACGUUAAUAAUUCUUAGUGCUUGUGUAAAGUGCGGAAUAUCGAUCAGAAAGUGCCGCCAUCGACUGUGUAGCAGCUGCAAUUAUUGCAGCUGUGUUUUUCGUGUUUUAUUGUUGUCGAUGUUGUGUGUUGUUGUUUUUGUGACAGACGCACACACACACACGAUCACAUUCUGGCUAGUUUUAGUGAAACAAGCGCGGCAAAAAAAAAAACCUUAACGAUUCUGUGUUUGUGUGUGGCGAGUAUUAGUCAUUUUGGCCUGGCCUGGUCUUGGGCCUAGUCUUUGACGCUUGUUGCUGUCAACCCGCAACACUUUUGGAGCGCAUCAGCCAUCAAAUCAAAAUCAACAACCACAUCUACAAAAAAGCCGUUGCGCUCAAAGGCAAAAAAAAAUAUAAAAAUUUCAGCUAAAGGCAGCAUGACCAUACCGUCGAGACCCGCACCAGCACCGCCGGGAUCACGUGGACAAAGCGCUGCGGCCGGAGCGAAUGCGAGUCUGGAGCAGUUGCGUCUGCAACUGCAACAGCAACAGCUGCAGCAGCAGCAAUCAACUAAUGGUGGGCUACAGAAGCUGAGCAUUAAGCUGCCACCGCCACCGAAGGGUCACAUGCAGCAGCCACAACAGCAACAAGUUCUCCAUAAGCGAUCGGCCAGCAACAGCAGCAACAACAAUGGUUUCUUUGAUGUGGAAGGUGGGAGCGGCAUAACCCGUAAAUUUCCCCAGGCGCGCUAUACGCCAGCCACCAACUGGAAUGAUGCACCUUUCGACAGUGGCAUUCCCUCUUUUACUGCUGCUGGCAACAACAACUUCAAGAAAAUGCCGCCGCCGCGACCGCCACCGCCCAAAGUGCAAGUCAAUGGGCGCAAGCUGGCUAGCUUAAGCACAGGCAAUGCCGGGGGUGGUGGAGGUGGUGGUGUGGGCGGUGGCAUCAUUAGCAACAUAUUCCAUCGCAAAAAAACAACUACGGCAACUUCAACGGCUGCUGCUUCCAAGGCCGCAGCACAAAAUCGUGUCUACGGCCUGAGCAGCGGCAUUGGAACAGCUGGAACUGCAACCGCUUCCAACAGCAGCAGCAACAGCUACACAACAAACUCAAACACAUACGAUUGGAAUGCAGCAUGGAAUACAGCGAGUACAACGACGACGAUGACAGCAACGACGACGGCAACGAAAGCAUCGAGCACCAGCCUCAACAAUCAGCGUGAGAUGGACGCACAGCUGAUCAGCUUCGAUUCGCCGCCUUCGUCGCCGACCUUCACCCAGAAAUCGAACAGCGAUUGCGUCAGCGUCGAUAGCUUCAGCUCCGAUAGCAAUUUCAGUUCACCCAAUAAUGGCAGCGUUUCGCAGCCGGAGAGCGGCUUCGAGGAUGAUUAUAAUGCACGAUCGCGUCCAGCGACACAGAGUCCCCUCGUCGCUGAUCCUUGGGAGGCGGUGGACAACAGCAGCAGCGGCAUCUAUAGCAACGGCGUCGUUGAUAGUUUUGGUGCUGCACCGGUGCGCCAGUUGCAGCCACAACAUCUAGUGCAACACCAAGCAACGCGUAGCUCAGAUAAUCCCCUGUGCAAUGGCCGGAGUCUGUUGCCGCCCGCUCAAUCGCUGACGAUGCCCACCAUCAUCAAGCCGAAGAUAUCGCAGAAGCCUAAAGCACCAAAGCCGCCACCAUUCAUUGGCCAGCCGCCACGAUUUGGUUAUGCCGGCAGCACUCAACCGCCCUGUCCACCUUCGCCGCCAAUGCCUAGUUGUGCUCCUCCGCCACUUUCUGCAGUGGCAGCUGCUACUGGGCACAUCUCACUGCUGGACGUGAUCUCGGGCAAGGUGGAUGCUCUGGCGUUGGGCAACGGCAGCUCUGGUUAUGUCGAGGAGGAGCAUCUGCCAUAUGCCAUUGCACUCUACGAUUUUGAUGGCGUCGAGGAGGAUGAUCUAAAUUUCAGAGAGAACGAAAAGAUUUAUUUGCUGGAACAGCCCACUCCGGAAUGGUAUCGCGGACGUACACGCUCCGGCUGUGAGGGCCUCUUCCCCGUUAAUUAUGUGGAAACCAAGGUGCCAUUAAGCGGCUGUGCAACGAAUGAUGCAACUCAGGGGCAACAGCAACCAACCCAACAACAACAACGGUUGAACACUGCGCGCUGCCUUUAUAAUUUCCCCGGCGAGGUUCAGGGAGAUCUGCCCUUAAGGGAAAACCAGCUGGUCAACGUGCUUUGUCGCAUCAAUGAGGAUUGGCUAUUCGGCGAGGUUGACGGACGGCAGGGUCAGUUUCCGGCUAAUUUCUUAGAGCAUAUACCCUUCGAUCUGCCGUCGAUGUGAGGAGGGAUGGAUGAUGAUGGGAUUAUUUGAAAAUAUAUAUGUUUAUCAAUAAGAAGCAGGAAUCAGAAACUAUAUUUUAAUUAUAUAUAUACAAGGAUUAUAUGUCGAUAAGAAAAGGGAGUAGCAGCAGCAAAUAUCGUUGGAACUGAAACAAAUUGUAUUUCCUCUUGGUUACCCACACACAGACACACACACAAAACACAAAAACUAAUUAUAUAUAAUAUACGUGCGUUAAGUCUCGAGUUUAUAGGAGUUAUUUAAAAAGAGAAACCCAUUUUACAGCGUAGUAGUUUGAGCCAGCACCUAAUUUAAGACCCAAAAUUCUUUUUCCAUUUAAUAAUUGUUAACAUAAUUCUGAUUCAAAGUAUUUGAUUAUUUUUGAUGCACUUGCAAAUGAGUCGCGUGAUGAUCUUUUGAUCCUUUUAUAAUAGUUAAAAAAAAAAAAAAACAUAAUACACAGAAAACACAAAUAUUUUUUUUUAGUUAGUUAGUCAUUUAGCUAGGCACAUUUACCAUUUCCAAUUGAAUAAAAUACAUAUGUGUGCUAUUUAAAAAUGAAUUACCACUUAAGCUGUAGUCGGGACUAACCAAAUAUCAGGCAACAACUAACUAAACUAAAAUAAAUGUCAAGCUACGAUGAACUGAAAUAAAUGAGAAUGCUAAAAAAUUC